AUGGUAUCAGCAAGAUGUGCGGUUGCAACUCUACUAUACUCGACAGAUUACUUGCCGGGAGUCUUUACACUCGGCCAUCAGUUGGCCAAACUGCUGCGUAAUAAGGGAAACAUACGGACCUGUUUAGUGGUCUCGAAGGAACUGUGGAGUGGUGCGUUGAGCGAACUCUCUAAGACUUUGGUUCGGUUGUUGUAUAACGACAUUGUACUUGUAGAUCCCUUGCAGGACCAGGAUUCGACUGUUGAGAGAAAUGCGGAGAAUCUGAGACUUCUGAAUAGACCGGAAUUAUCAUUUGCGUUGAUUAAAGCCCGUCUCUGGGAACUGACGCAAUUUGAUAGAGUGCUUUACCUCGAUGCCGACACUUUACCGCUCAAUGAAGAAUUUCUGAAUAUCUUUGAGUUGAUUCCGCAACAGGAAAGCCGUCAGAUUGGUGGAGCACCCGAUAUUGGCUGGCCCGAUAUGUUUAACAGCGGAGUACUCAUGCUGAGGCCGGAUAUCAAUCUAGCCUCCGAGCUUCAUAAAUUUAUUCUCAGUCACACAUCCAUCGAUGGUGCAGAUCAAGGGAUCCUCAAUCAAUUUUUCAAUCCGUACUGCGCAGAAACUGACCAGGGACCAUCGCGGUACAGCUGGGUUCGACUGCCGUUCAUUUACAAUGUUACGGUUCCAAACUACGGGUACCAGAGUUCUCCCGCUGUGAGAUACUUCCAGUCGCAGAUAAGGUUGGUUCACUUUAUUGGCGAGAAUAAGCCGUGGAAAGGCUGGCUCAGCGGCAGCAGCGCCGAUGGAUAUGUCAGUCGUUGGGGCCAGGUGUAUAAUGAAUUCUUGGAGAGAUUUGGUCUGACUCAAUUUUUUGAAGAGAUGGGCCUCCAGAGGCCGACAGCUCCGGAGCCACGGCAAGAGAACGCAGCACCGUUGGCAAACUGGGAAGAAUUCCAUCAAAGGGUUAUGCAACAAGAGCCUGAAAGCAUCGAAAGCUACGACUCAGGGCAUCUGAAUGUAUGGCGUGUGGAGCCACCCCAAGAGAGUGCAGCGAAAGUGAUAAAUUUGGACGGUUUUGAUAAACCAGCCAUGCAGCAAGAACCCGAAGGCACCAAAACCGUUGUUUCAAAGCAUCAACAUGUCUCGCAUGCGGAAUCGCCUCAAGAAAGUGCAGUGCAGGUUGUGGACUGGGACAGUUUCAAUAAGCGAAUCAUGCAGGAAGAGCCUGAAAGCACCGAAAGCUACGACACAGGUCACGUAGGUUCGUGGCACCCAGGACCAGUUGUCGCUCGAGAUCAUACAGAACGUGUUUUCCCUGAUGUUGAUCAGUAUGACACUAAUGAAUUGACCAAACAACUCGGGGAGUUCUCCGUGGCAGGAACCUCGGAUUCUAGUUCAGCCCCUGCUCCUGAUGAGGAAGUAGCUCCGCAGAUUACGGCAACUUCGGGGCUUCCAAUCCCCUUAUCGGCCGCACACCGGUCGGCCACGCUACAAAAUGCAGCGCGAAAGCAGUUAUCAGGGCGUGUUGUCGAGCGGGUAUUUCCCAAUGAACGCGACCUGCCGCACUUCUCGCAGCCAAAGAUUACUGGCACCCGGCCGGAGGACCAAGACAAUGUUCAGCCUGUCCCGAGGGUCGAAGAGGUGCUGGAAAUGAUCAAGGAAGACUGCGAACCGGACCCUGUGCCGCGACACGUUUUCGACUGGGAAGAAACAAACUACUUACAAGAGGUUGAAAGGGUAUUUCCUGACUAA